GCUGGCCCGCCACUUGCCAGGAAGAUCGAUCAGCCGCGCGCGCGUAUAUAUAGUACAUGAGCUCGCUGCGAUGAACAUCAUAUUCAAAGCUGAUAUCAUUGCCACUUUCAGGAGAGUGCUCUGUCGAGGUUCAUGGCGUCCAUGGAGAACAUCCAUGUCCGGACGGACGGCGAGCCGGGGUGCGCUCUGCCGCCGGAAGCACACGCUUUCUCGGGGGAUAUCGGCGGCGGUACGACGAUCGAGACGCCUUUCUCUGUGUCGUUGAGCGUUCCGGCCUCACCGAUGGAGACGAAGAUCGGUGUCCACCACCCCGCCAUGCCCCUGAGGCAAGCCCGUCAACACUCGCUGCCGUCCCCGGUAGUCAGAGGUAAUGCCGACGCGCCGGCCGUGCCGCGGAGCGACACCAUGCGGAAGCGGGACCGGCGAUUCGACCGCUUAAGGACCUUCUCCGGCCGCCUCGACCGCCAGCUCUCCACCCUCCGCGGCUUGUCACAGGAACUGCCGGCUGCUGACCCCGAGCGUGGCAGCGCCAAUAUCUCCGAGGAGGACACUGAUGAGGACCACGACGUCCCCACCGCCGGCCGCUACUUCGCCGCACUCGAAGGCGCCGAGCUCGACACCCUUCGUUCGACGGAGGUGGCGGUGCUGCCCAAGGACGAGCUGUGGCCUUUCUUGCUUCGGUUCCCCAUCAGCGCCUUCGGGAUGUGCCUCGGCGUCAGUAGCCAAGCGAUGCUAUGGAAGACGCUCGAGUCAGAGCCCUCCAUGGCGUUCCUCCGCGUGCGCCCCGCCGCCAACCAUGUCCUCUGGUGGGUCUCCGUUGCCCUCACCGCCGUUAUCUCCAUCGUCUACCUCCUCAAGGUCGUCUUCUACUUCGAGGCCGUCCGCCGCGAGUUCCAUCAUCCGGUCCGCGUCAACUUCUUCUUCGCUCCCUGGGUCGCCUGCCUCUUCCUCGUCAAGGGAGUGCCCCUCCCAGAGUGGGAGAUCCACCAUGUCUUCUGGUACCUUCUCAUGGCGCCCAUCUUAUGCCUCGACCUCAAGAUCUACGGCCAGUGGAUGUCCAGCGGCGAGCGGCGCCUCUCGAAGGUGGCCAACCCAUCCAACCACCUCGCUGUUGUUGGCAACUUUGUUGGUGCGCUACUCGGUGCCAGGAUGGGCCUCCGGGAGCUGCCCAUCUUCUUCUUUGCUGCUGGGUUGGCCCACUAUGCGGUGCUCUUCGUCACCCUCUACCAACGGCUCCCCACUAACAUGCAGCUCCCCAAGGAGCUCCACCCGGUCUUCUUUCUCUUCGUUGCCGCACCUAGUGUCGCAUCCAUGGCAUGGGCGAGGAUCUCCGGCGAGUUCAACAACAGCGCCAAGCUCCUAUACUUCAUCUCGCUCUUCCUCUAUGUAUCGUUGGUGGUGCGUGUCAACCUAUUCCGGGGGUUAAGGUUCUCGUUGGCUUGGUGGGCCUACACGUUCCCGAUGACGAGUGUUGCCCUAGCGACGGUGUUGUAUGCGUCAGAGGUGAACAACAUGCUAACACAAAUGCUUGCGGUCGGGCUAUCAGGAAUUGCCGUUGUCACCGUCAUCGGCGUGUUGGCGACCACCGUGUACCACGCCUUUGUGCGUGGGGACCUGUUCCCCAACGACGUUUCCAUCGCCAUCACGCAAAAGAGGCCCAAAUUUAGCAACAUACUUGCACACCUCCGCUCGCCCACUCCGGCGUCAAGUAGCUCAUCCUCUUCAUCCUAAUUUCAUUUCCAAGCAUGACACCUACUUUGAUGAGUCUAUCUCCAACUCUAGGACAACGUGCAGCGUCGGUGAGACUCCGGUGGUGCAUGGGCAUGGAAGAGCAGAAUGUUAUAUGGUCGGUGACCUGCAGGAUGCAUGUUGUGAAUGCACACAAGAGUUGAUAUUGAUUAGUACUCCCACUGUAAACUAAUAUAAAAGCGUUUAGAUCACUAUCUAAACGCUCUUGUAUUAGCUUACGGAGGGAGUGCCAACUUAUUUGUACAAAGUUCCUUCUCUUUGUUUUCUUUUGUUCUUUUUCCAUCAUUUGCCAACUGACUACACGUAGUGGCAGAUGGCAGUGAUAUCCUUGAGCAAUUUGCAUUGCCAUGGACCAUGGUACGAUAUAUAAUUUCUAGAAUUAACAUUUGUGUUUGCAAAUUGAGUGGGUUCUUGAGAAGUUUAAAUUAGUACAAUAUCGAAUUUUCAAGUAUUGGUCGCCUUUCUAAGACUCUAUUCUCAUCUCCAAUAAUUCCAUCGGAGGUGCUAAAAAUCAGUCGACUGAGACUUCGACUUCGCGAAGUCUCAGUCGACAGUCUGGCCGUUUGAUGUUUGUCGCUUCAAGAUUGACGUAAUAUAAUGUCUUUCUAUCAAUUCGGCCUGUUAAGAUGCGACCAGCCCACUUUCUUUUCUUUUUUUGCCACGAAAGGCUACACGCGGCUGGCCAGCGGCUGGAUGGCCUUUUCCAUUGUUUUGCUUUUGUCUACAACAAGCAGGAAACUUGCUAGCGCAGCCCACUCUCGUGUAUACCUGUAUUUUCUU